AAGAAUAUUUAUUUGUUAAUAGGCUAGUAUAGUUUAUUAUACAUAAAUUUGUUUUAAGGAUGAUGAACUUAUACGGAAUUGUCGAUUAGUGCCUGCAAGCCUGAAAGAGCAAAAUAAAAUUCAGUGCUUACGUGCAAAUAUUCAUGACGAAAAUCCAUACCUUCGUGUUUUAGGAAUCCGUGUAAUCAAUAAGCCAUGCAUAACAAAUGCUGUUGUUCACUACCCACCAGCUAUCGUUUAUAGCAAUACUAAAGUUGAACCUAGUUCAGAUGGCGACCUUAGUUGGCGGCUUUCCGUUCCUCGAGAUUCAAGUAGUAAAAUAUUUUUAAAGCCUGCUAAUGCUCCACGUCAAUGGGCUGUUAUUGUGUUUCAAAAUGCUGUGUAUCGUAGAGAUAUUGAGUUAGUAUUAAUAUUUUGUGAUUGA